AUGACCAAAUGGUACCUGAGAGCGAUAAAAUCGGGGAAAACACCCGAAGAAGCAAGAAAAUUGGCCGACGAAAGAAAGGCUAAAAUUCAAAAAGAGAAACUGGAGGUACAAUCAUCCAGCAAGAGAGCAAUCUCUUACCCCCAAAGAACUAAGGAUAGACAAGACGGCAAAGCCAUCCAUCCUCAGGCGCUUUUUAGAGCCAGGGAGGCUGCUCCAAGCGUAAGCUAUGCCGGAGCAGCAAAGAUCAUAAGAGUGGCUUUGCUACCGGAGGAAUACCCUCUGGUAACAUUAACAACGGAAGAGCUGACCCAUCUAGAGGAAACCCUCAUUGAAGAAAUCUUAAAAGGAUGGGAAGCCAAAAUACAGUUUGAAGGCAUACACAUCAGGCCGGAUAUGAUGGCCUUAGACUGUCAAGACGGCAAAACUGUACAAUGGCUACAGGAAAUAGCCCCUAAACUAGAGCUAAGCAAACGAACGAAACUGACAGUGAGGGUAGGGGAGGCUUUCCCAAACCUCACUCAAUAG